CGUAAAUGAGAUUGACUUUUGCGGGCAGUCGCAUGGAAUUUAUCAGUUAUUUCUGUUAAAGUAUAAAACAUGGCUUCAAUUCAGAAAGAGGAAGAUUUGAAAAAAGACGUAGACGAAAAUGGCGAAGAGGAAGAACUAGGUGACGUGGAGGAAGAUACCAAGGAUCCCGCCAAGAAGAAGAAGAAGAAAAAAAAGAAGAAGAAGGCAGCAGAAAAUACUAAUUCUGAAGUAACUGGUGAUAACAAUGAAGUCACUAAUGCAACCGAAAAAGUUAAAUCACUGUCUGUGGAAGAUGCCACACCUGAGGGUGAAGAAAAAAAGAAGAAAAAGAAAAACAAGAGUAAGGGAGGCAAAGGAGCAGCAAAGGAACAGACCAAUCCGCCCACUAUACCUAUAGCUGAGUUGUACCCGCAGGGCAACUUCCCUGAGGGUCAAAUAAUGGAGCAUGGACAUGCUGAAGGCAUUGAUGACAGGACUGCCAAGGAGCGGUUCUCCAGUGAGGAAAAAAGAGCCUUGGAUAGGAUGCACCAAGACAUAUACCAGGAGAUCAGACAUGCCGCUGAAGCCCACAGACAGACACGACAGUACAUGCGCGACUGGAUAAAGCCGGGCAUGACAAUGAUCCAAAUAUGUGAGGAGCUGGAAUCCACGGCCCGGCGUCUCAUUGGUGAAGACGGGCUCAAAGCGGGGCUGGCUUUCCCCACAGGCUGCAGUCGCAACCACUGCGCCGCGCAUUACACACCCAACACUGGUGAUACUACAGUGCUUGAAUACGACGAUGUAGUGAAGAUUGACUUCGGCACGCAUAUCAACGGACGCAUCAUUGACUGCGCGUUCACUCUGCACUUCAACCCACGCUAUGACCCGCUGGUGAAGGGAGUGCAGGAGGCGACAGAGGCCGGCAUUAAGGCAUCGGGGGUCGAUGUCAGGCUGUGUGAUGUUGGCGCUGCAGUGCAAGAGGUUAUGGAGUCGCAUGAAGUGGAAUUGGAUGGCACCGUAUACCAAGUGAAGCCUAUCCGUAAUCUGAAUGGACAUUCAAUCGGACCAUAUAGGAUCCACGCCGGUAAGACCGUGCCAAUCGUGAAAGGCGGCGAGACGACCCGUAUGGAGGAGAACGAGUUCUACGCGAUCGAGACCUUCGGCUCCACGGGCCGCGGUCAGGUGCACGACGACAUGGACUGCUCGCACUAUAUGAAGAACUUCGACCAGCAGUUCGUUCCGCUAAGGUUACAAUCGUCAAAACAACUUCUGAACCUGAUCAACAAGAACUUCAGCACCCUCGCGUUCUGCAAGCGCUGGCUGGAGCGAGCGGGCGCGUCGCGCUACGCCAUGGCGCUAAAGGACCUCUGCGACAAGGGCGUGGUCGACGCCUACCCGCCGCUCUGCGACAUCAAGGGCAGCUACACCGUGCAGUUCGAGCACACCAUCCUGCUCCGCCCUACCUGCAAGGAGGUCAUCUCCCGUGGCGUAGAUUACUAAGGCCACGUUUACACAUUGAUUAGUGUUUAAUGCGAGUUCAUACGUCUGCUACUGCUACUAAACGCGAGUAGAACAUGUAUGAACCUUGACUGAUCACUAAUCGAAGUGUAAACGGCCCCUAACGCGGGCGGCACCUACGAAAGCGUUCUCGUGCCGCGCUAAUUGGCUGACAAAAUUUGAACCUUUCUAGAUACAAUUAUAAGACGACAAUAUUUACGAUUACGUGUGUUUCACCAAUAGUGUUGCGGUUUAAUUGAAUUUAGCAGUUCAACUGUAGUUAGCCAAAUUGUCAAGGGGCCGAGAGUGGACUGGUCAUUGAAUAAAGAAGAACGGUAGUUGUUUACGAUACAAGUGCGAAAUUCGCAACGAGUGGCGAAUUUUAAAAAGUGCUUUAAAUCGAUAAGAGUUGCGAAUUAUUUAUUCCCACGUAUAUUGUACAACGUUUUACAGUACAUAUGGCCCUUUAAAUUUUAGGGUGUCGUAAAGAUGUAGGUACUGUAAAAAUAGUUACGCUACUAUUUGUGUUAUGUAUAUCUGGCCGAGAUAAAAUUACCAAAUGAUUUGAUAAAAAAAAUGGGAUCAUAUUAGUAUAUAAUAAACUAUUCGCGCUCAUUAAAUAAAUAAAUAUUAGGGGACAUCUUACAUAGAUCAACUUAGCCCCAAACUUAGCAAAGCUUGUACUAUGGGUGCUAGGCGACGAUAUACAUAUACUUAUAUAGAUAAGUACAUACUUAUAUACAUAGAAAUAAAUGCCCUUACCGGGAUUCGAACCCAGGACCAUCGGCUUCACAGGCAGGGUCAUCACUACCACACUUCUUUAUUGAAUGACGUUUUGAUGCUGGCUAGCGAUGAGUAAAUUUAAGUUACAAAGACUUCUUUAGCGCAGACAUACUAUAUUAAGCCGGCGAAUAAACGUCUGUGCUAUGAUUAAAUCAUAUGCAAAUACUCGUUCCGGCGCAAUGUUUGUAGGUACUAGGUACUAAACCGGCUGUAGCGUAUAUCGCUGUGGGCUCCUAACGUCAUAGCUGCGCUAGUAACUUAUGUUAUGAAAACGCUAAUGCCUGAGCAUUGGUAAUCGUUACAAGACGGAUGUUAAAAAAUUGCUCUAAUGAGAUAAAAAUUCGGAAAUCUCUCUUACAGCGAAACUUGCGAUUGAAAUUAUCUGUGCAAUACAGGCUGCUCAAGCACGUAUAUAGAACGCUUUGACAGAGUAGUCGUGUACAAACUUGUAAACACCUUAUGCGGUCGGAUAUUGUACUUAUCUGAUGGCGACGUUACCAGUAUCAAUUAUUCUGACCGUGGCAUUCAUCAGCGGCGAGUCCCUAAACUUCACAAACUGAGUGAUGUCGACUAAUGCGUUAAUCUGCCCUAAUUUUUUUACAAAUAAUUACAAGUCGGUACUUGAAAACUUACUUUUUUUUUAUGAAGUAUCAUGUAACUGUAAAAGUAACAAGACAAAACGAACACAGAAAAACAUUAGACUAUAUACUUCAAGUUCAUAUCAUUUUAUAAUUCUCCUUUAAAAUAUUAAAUAGGUACAUUAGGACUUAAUUAAAUAACUCGUUUUAAAUAUAAUAUAGACUAACCCUAGUUUGUAUACAUUUGUGUUUUGAAAACUGUGUUAAUGUUAUUUGUUUCUAAUACAGCAAGGGUGCAGGCAAGUCACGAUGUAAUCGUGGAUUAUGAAUGUUCUCUUGAUUGCAAUAGUUCUUAAUUGCUGCAAUUAAGAAGAACUUUUAGCAAGCUUAUUUUAUUUUAACCAGUCUUGUUAAUAUGCAAUACGAAACUGUUAGCAGAAACUUGUCAAUAAAUCAACUUAUUUGAGAA